UCGUCUGUAUGCGCUAGUGGAAGAAAUCUUUCGGGCAAGAGAAGAGCUGUUGUCAUGGAUGCCUGAAUCUAAUUGCCAGGCGAGACUGAUUUUGCAGCCAAUAAUUGUUUUUAUUUAAUUCUGGAUUCACGUGGGGUGGAGCUGCAGGGGUCAGAGAUGGCCCCCUGUUUCCGAUGGACUCCGGAUUGCAUUCCAGGAUUGAGGCCAACAGGUUUAUGGGGUGCUGCUUAUCCUUUUCAAGGUCAAGGCCGCGUUAAUCAGCUCGGUGGUGUGUUCAUAAACGGACGACCCCUUCCCAACCAUGUUAGGCUCAAAAUCGUGGAGAUGGCGGCAGCUGGAGUCCGGCCUUGCGUUAUCAGUCGCCAACUCCGGGUUUCACACGGAUGCGUCUCCAAGAUUCUCAACCGCUAUCAGGAAACGGGCAGCAUUCGACCUGGAGUUAUUGGUGGCAACAGACCCAAGGGUGCAUCUAGCGAUCAAGAACACAAGGACGAUUGCAAAAGAGACAGUUCGAGCCUCUUCAAUUGGGAGGGGCGAGAUAGAGUAUCCAAAGACUCGUCUGCCUACAAUAGAAUGCUGGGGCAGACGAAGCUUGGAAAAGAUGAACUGGACAGUGCUCAGAAGGGUUCCGGUGGACAUAAACAUUCAAUCGAUGGUAUUCUUUCAAAGAAAAGAGCAUCCAUCGAGGAGAGUGGAGAUGAUGACCGGCAUUCUGUCAAUUCUUGCGACUCCGAACCCGGUCUUACUUUAAAAAGGAAGCAGAGACGCUCCCGGACAACUUUCACAGCCGCCCAACUGGACGAACUGGAAAAAGCCUUCGAAAAAUCUCAGUAUCCCGACAUCUACUCCAGGGAAGAACUAGCGCAGAAGACCAAACUCACAGAAGCCAGGGUACAGGUGUGGUUUAGCAACAGGAGAGCCCGGUGGAGGAAGCAGAUGGGAAGCCAGAAUUACAAUUCGUACAGUUCCCUGGGUUUUAGUUACCAGCAUCCUACUUCUUAUCUAGUCUCUGACACACCUUCUUAUCCCACACAUUCAGAUCCGUCGUCGCUGCAAACGGGAUCUACGGCUUCUCUACAUCAUCAUCACCAUCAUCUUCACACGGCUCCCACAGAUGCUCGCUCAUCACUAGCUUACAAUUCGAUGGCAGAUUGUGCGCCGGCAUUGCAAUCAUCGGUGAUGUCCAUGCUUCAUCCGUCCGUCCCCUCCUCGGGGUCUGCCGUCGAUUACACUCAUCACCAACACGUGAGCGCCGCCGCCUCUGCCGUCGGGGCCACCGCCACUUCCGCUGAGGAAUGGUGGAACGCCGCAGCAGCCCGGGCCAACUUCAACGGCUGCUCCGCCCCGACCGCCUCCCAGAACGUGGUCCCAGGAUCCGCCGAUUCUGCUGCCGGGUUUGGGACCGAACACCUCCCGCAUCCAGCCAGCGGGGAGGCAUACGCCGCCUUCAACGGCAUGCCGCACCCGCACUACCCGGACAUCAAACCCUCCUUUUACUACACGGGACAAUAUUCCACAGGAUUCCGCGGUCUACCCCUCUGAUGCAGUUUGGUUCGUUAAAUCGAUAAUGGACUUAAUGGAUCGUGUGGCCGGAUGAUCGAUCAGGUGCGAAUCGAACAAUACAUCGAUGCGAACUGGAUAUUUUCCUUGUUCCACGCGAGACACAGAUCAAUACAGCUUGCUAAAGCGAUUUUCGUUGAUGAAACUGAUACAUAUAGCAAUUGCUUGUGAUUGGACAAUGUGGACGAGACAAUGUAAAACGAACUGUUAAGUUAUUUAUUUGUUUUUAUGUAUGUAUGUAUUUUGUGUACAAACGAAUUAUUGUUUUAAUAAAUGAAUGUUCGCCAACGGAA